AUGGAGCAGGACUCUUCUCCAGUGCAGCAGGAGGGCUCUGCUCAGACUCCAGCCCCUCCUGUGGAGACAGAACCUUCUAGUGAACAGGAGCAGCCCGCUCAGUAUGUUGAGUCUUCUAUAGAGAAAAAACCCUCUCCAGCCCAGCAGGAGACCCCAUAUCAAACUCUGGGCCCUUCCCUGGAGACAGAAGCUUCUCCAGCCCAGCAGGAACCCCCAGAGCAGACUCUGAUCCCUUCUGCAGAGACAGAACCUUCUCCAUUCCAGCAGGGACCCAGAGCUCACACUCCACGCCCUUCCGUGGAGGCAGAACCUUCUCCCCGUGAACAGGAGCAGAUAGCUCAGUAUGCAGAGGCUCUGGUGGAGACUCAGCCUCCUCCAGGCCCUCCCGUGGAGACAGAGCCUUCUCUCAGAGAACAGGAGCAGAUUGCUCAGUAUGCGGAGGCUCUGGUGGAGACUCAAGCUCCUCCAGGCCAGCUGGAGGCCCUAGCUCUGACUCCAGUCCCACCUAUGGAGACCGAACCUUAUAUCAGUGAGCAGGAGCAACCAAUGCGGCCCUCUGAGUCUUCUGUCUUCUCUCCAGAAGAUUCAACCUCUUCAGAAGUCCCAGCCCAGCAUCCAAGUCCUCACGCAGUGACCAUUUUACCUCCAGGUCACCAUCAAGUUCAGCAGUACGACUUGCCCAGUGUGACUACUAAACCUCCAGACCUGCAGCUGACCCUAACACCAAAACCUGCAGCAGAAAUGGAAACAUUUCCAGUCAGCCAUGAGGUCACAACAACUCAGGCCUCAGUCCCAGCUCUGCCUCCAAAGCCUCUUGAAGAGGUUGAACCACUGCCAAUUCAGUCUCAAGAAGUUAUUCAGGAUGAGAAACCAUAUACGACCCAGCAGGAGGAAACAGCUGAAAAUGUACAGACCCCCGAGGAGGCCGGACCUUCUCCAAUCCAUCAGGAAGCCCAAGAUCAAGCCUCAGUGUUCCCUAUGGAGCCUGAGCCUUUGAAAGACCAGGAGGCAGACACAGCUCAGCAGCCAAAGCCCCCGGAAGAGGAUGAGCACUCCCCAGUCACAGGGGUCCCAGCUCAGCCUGAAGAACUGAAGGAACCUUCACCAAGCCAGCAGGGGAUUUCCGUUCCACCUCUAGACCACCCCAUGAGUGCGUACCAAUUACCGCUCCAACAGGGAGACACAAACCAGCCUUCAGUAAUCUUCCCAGAGAUUAGUGAUGCUAUUCCAAUGAAUAUGACAUUUUCACCUCUUAUUCCGGAGGAAAUACUCAGAACUCAGCAUUUAAGGUUGUCCAAAACCACACCAAAACAUGUGGAUAUUGACCUUGCCAGAACCCUAAAGCCCACUCCAGAAGUUGAUCCUUACCCCAGUCAGCAGGAAGGACCUGCCCAGCCUACAGUUCCCACCAAGCGAGUUGAAUUUUCUCCAACCCAGCGUGGGCCUCCUCUUGCCCAGCCUCCGGCACUGCAUGAAAAGAUGGAACCUUCUCCAGCUGAGCCUCUAGAGCCCCUCAAGAAUGCAAAACAUGCUCCAGUGCAAAAUGUAGCCCCAGCCAAGCCGCAAGACUUCCCUAACACUCAAUCGUCUGCAACCCAGCAGAGGCUUCAAACAGCAACCAAACCUGACCAAUGUCACAGGUCAACCUUUGGACGUGGAGCUCACCUAACUACACAACCUGGAAUGAAAGGUGGACUUUCUCCAAUCAUGCAGGAGGCCCCAGUUCAGCUUCCAGGGCCAUCUAAGGAGGGUAUAGCACAACCCCCAGGAUAUCAGGGGGUGGCAGUUCCACCACCAGCUCAGAAUCAAGCUCAGUUUCCAAAAUCGCCCCACAUCACAUUUCAACCUUUUGAUCUGGCGCUUACAAUAACUCCGCAGCCCAUUACAGAGGCUGGACUUGCCACAAAUGUGCAGGAGACUCCACCUAAAGAAACUGUAGCUCAGCCACCAGUGCAUCAUGGGAUGACAGUUCCAACAUUAGGUCAGGAUCAAAAUCAACCUCCACUAUCACCCAAUGUCACAAAUCAACCUUUAGACCUGGCACUUACCAUUACUACAGAACCUACUACAGAGGCUGAGCAUCCUACAGACCUGAGCAAGACUACAGCUCCAUCUCCAAACCUGACUCCAGUCACAACGCAACCUUUGUUCCUGGGACUUACCAUAACUCCAGAAACCAGUAGUAUGGUGACUGAACCCUCUACAGACAUGCAGGAGACCUCAAGUCCACAUCCCAAGGAGGGUGUAACCCAAUCUCCAAUACAUUAAGAGGUGACAGUUCCAACGCUGGGUCAAAAUCAAACUCAAUAUCCAACAUUGCCUAAUAUCACAGUUCAGCCUUUGGACACAACACUUACCAUAAAUGCAAAGCGUACCAGGAAGGCUGAACAUUCUACAGCCCUGAAGAGGACUAAAGUACCUCCCGUGCACCAUGAGGAGGUACUUUCACAACCAGACCAGGUUCAGGCUCAGCAUCCAACCCUGACAGAAGUCACAGUUCAACCUUUGGAUGUAGAACUUACCCUAACUCCAGAAUCCAUUGUGGAGGGUGAACCACUUCCAACCACCCAGGAGACUCCAGGGCAGCCUCCAGGGCCACAAAAUGAAGCGGUCUAUCAGCCUCCAGUUUAUUAUGAGAUGGUAGUUCCAAAACCAAGUCAAGAUCAAACUCCACAUCCAAUGUCACCCAGUGCCACAGCUGAACCUUCGAAGCUAGAGGCAAGCAUAACUCAGGUACCCACUUCACAGGAUGAACAUUCUACAGCCUUGAAAUCUAUAUCUCCUCCUCCUUAUCCAAUGUACCCUGAGGUGACAUUUUCACCUCCAGUCCAGAUUCAGACUCAGCAUACAAACCUACCUCAUGUCACAGUUAAGCCUUGGGACCUGGAAAUUACCCAAACUCCACAACGUACUACAGAGGUUAAACCUUCUACUACCACGCAAAUGACCCUAACUCCUUCUACAGAGCCACUAAAGGAGCUCGUACCUCAAUCCCCAGGGGACAAUGAGAUGACAGUUCCAACAGCAGGUCAGCAUCAAUCUCAGCACCCAACCUCACCCAGUGUCAUAGCUCAGCCUUCCAAGAUGGAGCUUACCAGAACUCUGGUACCCACUACAAAAGCUGGCCAUUCUCCAUCCCUGAAGAAGACUACAGAUCUACAUCCAAGCCAGGUUCAGACUCAGC